AUGGCUCCGCUGGACCCGGCUCGGGCUUGCUGCGACCCGACGACCGGGCCGCUUCCCGGCGCCUGCUCCGUGUUCACGACAACCCUCGAUGGCGGAACCACCAAGGCGCGCUCGCUUCGCGCCGGAUCCUCUAUGGCCGGCGUUUACCCUGGUGCUCCGGCGGGCAUCGACUCCGGUGCUCCGGCCGGCGUCGUCUCCGGUGCUCCAGCCGGCAUCGACCCCGGCGCUCCUCCCGGGGCGGCGUCCCCGGUGCGCCCCUCCUCUGCCCGCUCGGCCACGUUGUUCUGGGGUGGGGUGUCUAUGACUAUAUCCUCCACCUCCGAGUCGUCAACGGCCGGCUCCGGGUCACGCCCCUCCUCCACCGGCGGCUCGAUGACCGUCUCCGUCGGCUCCGUGUCCUCCAGCAUCUCUAGGCAAGUCGGCUCCAGGGCAGCCUGCUCCCUCGCCUCUGCGGGCCUAGCCCAAGCCUGGGCCGAGGUCGCUGCCAGCUCCUCCUCAGCCUUGUUUCAGGCCUGCCAAGCCACGCACUCACUGUCCGCUGGAUCCAGGCCGAGGUCCUCCUCAGACGUGUGCUCCUCCCGGUCGAUGGCGCUACUCCGGGUCUUCCAGAACGAAAAUCCGCCUCCGAACGCGCGUCCGUGGCCGCCAAUGCCAAGUGAAGAGGCGACCUGA